CGAGAAUACUCGCAGUUCUACGAGACCUUUCGGACGCUCUAGCAAGCUUGAUUUGCAUAUGUACUCGUCCAUUUCCAGCUCCAACACUGACGCCGUUAACGACGACAUGUACUCCAACCGCGUCUUGUACGAUCGCAGCCGAGCCAUCACCGCGUGACUCGCUACAUCACAAUCGAACAACAGCACAUAUAAUUGGCGUAUGUUAGCCACUAUGGCUCCUAUCUUUGACAAGCCCCUACCUCCGGCACCAACUUAUGAGAGCGCUGAAGAUACUAUAUCGACAUUUACAAAAAACACAACACCUCCUUUCUUCAAGGGAAACCGUGCAUCUACCCAGAGUGGCCAGAAGCGUGUUAGGCUUGUCAAUCUCCGCCAUCUAUAUAGAAAGCGGGCAGCGCAUUCUUACCUCACCCAACCCCAUGUUUUCGAAGAGCCUCAUCAGAGAAAUGAUUUCGGGCUGGGGCUGGGGCUGGGGAUCGGCGAUUUUCCAGAAGUUCGAACCGAAGAGAAAUCAACAGAAGCGGCAAAAGCAAGACGAAAUGCAGCCCAAUGGAUCGAGGAGAGAAUAUGGCGAUACACAUCGACGGGUAGUAUCGUUCGCAGAUGGACUCUAGAAAUUCUCAGUUGGUCGAUCAGCGCUGCUUGCAUGUGUGCGAUCAUUGUCAUUCUGAUACUGCUCGAAAAUAAACCGGUACCCAAAUGGCCUCUUGCUCAAACCUUCAACAUGCUCUCAAGGGUUGCGUCAGCCGCGCUUAUUUUACCGGUUUCGGAGGCCCUAGGUCAGCUAAAGUGGAAUUGGUUUAAGGAAAAGUCUAAGGAGGUUUGGGAUUUCGAAAUCUUCGACAACGCAUCCCGUGGGCCAUUAGGGUCUGCAUUGCUCUUAGUUCGAACGAAGGGAAAAACCCUAGCAUCUCUAGGUGCCGCCGUCACCUUACUCGCAUUGGCCCUAGAUCCAUUUUUCCAGCAAGUUAUAGAUUUUCCACAGCAUUGGAAAAUUGUGAAAACAGGAUCUAUACCUCGAGUCAUCUGGUAUGAGCCUGGUCCUCUAAAGGCAUAUAUAGACGACUUCGACGCGGCUAUGUACGACUCUCGUUUGCAACCAGUUGUAACAUUAUUUGCUUUCGGAAACGGCACGCAGCCUGUGCCAUUCGGCAAUGGCACACGACCUGAUAUCCCGCUCACAUGUCCAACUAGUAAAUGCACCUGGCCGCCAUACGAAACACUCGGAUUCUGCAGCGCCUGCGAGGAACUUACGCAGAUGCUGACUUAUGCUUGUAAGACGAUACCCGAUGACUGGUCAAUGGGACACGUGAGUGACGAUCACGGUCCGACUUCAAAUGGAACAGUGUGUGGGUAUUUUCUCAAUGCUACAAGCAGUGCUCCAGUCUUCAUGUCGGGUUAUGCAAUAGAACUGAAUUCGUCUACCAAAGGAGAGGCAUUGCUGGUGCGCACUCUGUCUCUUACUAAGUACCCUGCUAAACAAUCUUUAUACGGCGGCUCAAUUCUCUACAAAGAUUUACGAAAUCCUGUGGUCGACUUCUUGACUGUCAGCGCAAGGAAUGAUGUUGAGAGUGUUUACAGGAAUGAAAUUCCUGUAAUGCAUGAGUGUAUUCUUCACUUAUGCGUGAAGACAAUUGAGUCUUCCUAUGAUGAGGGUACAUACAAAGAAAAGGUAACCAAGACGUAUGUCAAUGCCACUGCUGGAGCCUGGCCUUGGGAAAGCACAACCUCCAACUCAACAUCUGGAGUGUGGUUCGAUGUUUCCUACCGAGAAAAUGUAAUCAUCAGCGCCCCGCAUUCUAUCAACGGCUCUCACGGAUCAUUGGUUCAAUUUGGAAUGUCAAAUGUUACUUUUGACCAGGUUGUAUCCACAUUCGGCGCCUUCUCCGGAAGUACCCUUACCGUACAAAGCUCUUCGGCAUUGAGUCGGAUAAGGGAGGGCUUCUGGGGCUUGGAACGGUACUCUCGGGAUGCAUAUGACUAUCAAUGGAUGGCUCCUCAUAACAUUACACAGCACUUAUCAAGAAUGGCCACGGCAAUGACAGACAGCAUUCGAUCAGCGACCAAUACCAAUAUAACGAUUGGACCCGCAUUCGACCUUGAGUCUUAUGUCUCGGUGACUUGGGCAUGGCUCACAUUACCUCUUCUGAUCCUCGUAUUAAGCGCCAUAUUUCUAAUCGGUACGGUCUUGAAGACAUCAAAAGACAAAGAUGAAAUCGGAGUGUGGAAAACCUCAGCAAUGGCAACGUUGAUGUACGGGGGCCUUCCAGCAGACGUACAUGAAAAGUUGAAGCAAAACUCAAAUUCAAUCGGUACUCCACGAACGAAAGCGAAGAGGUUCAAAGCAAGCUUGCUUCCAAAACAGGGCUGGAGGUUUUCUGGGGAUCAUUCCUCACCUGGUCUGGCAGAUCGUGCGCGGCCGUCGGAAUGGGUAUAAGCUGAACAAUUUUUCUUGUAAAUUCAAUAAUAUCAUCAUAUACAUGACCAUACAACCUUAUGAGAUACUUUCACUAUCAAUAUCGGACCCAUUGGGCACAAAGACGAGCUUUUUGCUGAAAAGCAACUUUCCUUCUG